GUUAUGGGCAUCGACGAGUUACUGUCUCGGAAACUCAAUCACGCAAGCGAAAGGAGAGGAGGUGGCUAAUUAAAUAUUGAGUAGAAAGUCGCGUGGGGACAGUAUCACGUGGCUCGCGGUUCGUCGAGCCUGGAAUAAAUACUGCGAGGCACUGAGCAGGCAAAAGAGCGCUUUGGGACCUCCUCCACGGCAGCAGCAACCCGCGAGUGCAGAGCGACCAGCGCGCGCUCAGACCAGCCCGAGGACCCCCGCAGGCGGGUUGGCCACAAAAUCCGACAUGAAAAUCCUCGUGGCCUUGGCAGUCUUUUUUCUCGUCUCCUCUCAGCUGUUUGCAGAAGAAAUCGGAGCCAAUGAUGAUCUGAAUUAUUGGUCCGACUGGUCCGACAGCGACCAGAUCAAGGAGGAGCUACCGGAGCCCUUCGAGCAUCUUCUGCAGAGAAUCGCCAGGAGACCCAAGCCUCAGCAAUUCUUUGGAUUAAUGGGCAAACGGGAUGCUGAUUCCUCAAUUGAAAAACAAGUGGCCCUGUUAAAGGCUCUUUAUGGACAUGGCCAGAUCUCCCACAAAAGGCAUAAAACAGAUUCCUUUGUUGGACUAAUGGGCAAAAGAGCUUUAAAUUCUGUGGGUUAUGAAAGGAGUGCCAUGCAGAAUUAUGAAAGAAGACGUAAAUAAACUACCUAAUAUGUUCUUCUGCUUCUCUGUGUCAUUGAGUGAAGAAAGGUAAAAUAAGACGUGUGAGGAGUACUUAUUUAUUUAAUAACAAUAGUUUUGCGUUGAAAACACCAAAAAAAGUGUUUAUUUUUCAUAUUGUGCUAAUAUGUGUUGUAAACACGUGUUAUAAUUCUGACUCCUCCCUCAGAGGCAGACAACCAUGGUAAUUUCUCAACAAAGCACAGUGCUCAAAUAAAUAGUAAAAACUUGUCAAUGUUACAGUCUCCAAAGAAAGAAAUCAUUUGAAGGAGUCAUGUCAGCUACUGCUGAAAGGAAAUAAAACCUGUGUACAACCUUGUGCUUCCCCUGUUUGUUUUUAUGGUGAAAAUGUACUGAAAUUUCAGUAUCAAACUAUAUUUGUAUCUCUGAAGCAUGUUUCAUGUUUUGUGACUAUAUAGAGGUGUUUUAAAAAGUUUUAUGUGAUGUGAUUUUGAGGUCUUCAUUUUCAUUGUAUGAAAAUGUGUUGUGAUAGCUAACAUUUUA